AUGAAUAAAUCAUGGGAAGAAGUCGCUUCCAACAAAAGGGAUCGCAUCAAUGAAUCUAUUUCCGAAUGGACGAUUCAUAAUCUACCAAUCGAAAAUUGUGUCCUGGAUUUCCCCGCCAAAUCAGAAAUCCUUUCAACCCAAGAGCUUGAUAUCACCGAGUCUAGCGCAUUAGAUUUAGUGAAUUGGCUAGCUAAUGGUAAGCUGAAGGCUAUUGAUGUGACACUUGCUUUUUGUAAGAGGACAGCGAUAGCCCAUCAGUUGGUCAACUGCGUAUUAGAAUUCUUCCCAGAAACUGCUCUUGCCCAGGCUAGAGAGCUUGAUGUCUACUUUGAGAAACACAAGAAGCCCGUGGGACCUCUUCAUGGACUACCAAUCUCCCUAAAGGACCAGCUACGUGUGAAGGACCUUGAGACCUCUAUGGGUUACGUCUCGUGGCUGGGAAUAUGCGAGAAGACUGAAUCCGUCAUGGUGACCCUCUUACGCGAAGCAGGGGCUGUCUUCUACAUCAAGACUAGUGUUCCACAGACAUUGAUGGUCGGCGAGACUGUCAACAAUGUCAUCGGAAGGACAGUCAAUCCACGUAACAAGCACUGGUCAUGCGGUGGAAGUUCAGGUGGUGAGGGAGCUAUCAUUGCUCUUCGAGGCUCAGUCAUUGGCGUCGGAACUGACAUCGGUGGCUCUAUUCGUAUACCAUCCGCAUACAACUUUUUGUAUGGUAUACGGCCAAGUCAUGGCCGAAUGCCAUAUGCCAACAUGGCCAAUAGCAUGGAAGGACAGGAAACAGUUCAUAGCGUUGUUGGGCCAAUAGCACAUUCUGCAGCUGAUCUGAGAUUAUUUCUGACUUCCGUUCUGCAACAGGAACCAUGGAAGUAUGAUUCUAAAGUGGUUCCUAUGACUUGGAGAACUGCCGAGGAAGAUGCUGUCAAGUUGAAGAUACAGGCAGGUAGGCUGAACCUGGGAUUUUACUCUUCUGAUGGGGUGGUCUUGCCUCAUCCACCGAUUCUAAGAGGAGUAGAGACUGUUGUUUCUGCUCUGAAACAGAAAGGACAUACUCUUCUUCCGUGGAAGCCAUACAAGCAUGAAUUCUCCAAUGAUCUUAUUAACAAGGUCUUUUCGGCAGAUGGGGGUGCUGAUAUUUUCAAAGACGUCAAUGCCUCGGGAGAGCCUCAUAUCCCUAACAUCCAAGUUUUCAUCAACACCGAAAAAAAGAUCGAUGUGAACCAGCUCUGGGACAUUAACCUCCAGAAAUGGAACUAUCAGAAUGAGUAUCUGUGGAGAUGGCGAGAGUUCGAAAACCAGCAGGGCAAGGAGUUGGAUGCCAUAAUUGCACCCAUUACUACCACGGCGGCCAUCCGACAUGAUCAGUCCCGAUACUAUGGAUAUUCCUCUGUGAUUAACCUACUUGACUUUACCAGUGUUGUUGUUCCUGUCGCAUUUGCGCAUAAGUAUGUCGAUCUGAAGAUCGAUGACUAUAAGCCGCUGAGUCCCAUCGAUGAGGCUGUUCAGGCUGAGUAUGACCCUGAAGCAUAUCACGGUGCUCCGAUUGCAGUACAAAUAAUUGGGCGCAGACUGAGCGAAGAGAAGACUCUGGCUAUCGCAGAGGAAGUUGGUAGAUUGCUUGGUAAUGUUUAG